UCAGCUUCCAUUUCUAAACUACUUUUGUUGACUCUCUCAAUCAUGAGAAAGGCUUUCUGUGUUCCUUUGUUGCUUCUAGUAACAUUAUUUUAUGCUACUUCUGUUGUAGCAAGAAAUGAUCCCUCAGGGAAUGAAGUGAACACAGAAGUGAAGCAUGCAAAUGAAGAGGUGACAAAGCCAAGCCUGAAAGGACCAAAUGAAGAUGAAAAAUUCAAAGGACUUUUUCACCUAAAACACAAACUCAAAGGAUAUUUUCACAAGAAACCAAUUUAUUAUAAGCCUAUACCAAAAUACAUUCCAACCUAUAAGCCAUUCCACAAACCAAUCAUAGGUGAAAAACCUAUCCCUUCUGUUGUUGAGCCAGAGGCAUUUCUUAAGCAUAAGCACUAUUUCUUCAAGAAGCCUAUUGUUCCCAUUGUUAAGCCUGUUUAUGUUCCAAUUUACAAGCCUGUUCCAAAGGUCAUUCCAAUAUACAAGCCUAUUCCAAAGGUUAUUCCAAUUUACAAACCUAUUCCAAAGGUGAUUCCAAUUGUUAAGCCAAUUCAUUAAUCAGUUUGAGAUUAAAAUAUAACCUAUCCCAAGUGUUCCAUAGAAGUGCCAUGCUUGAAAAUUUGUGUUCCAUUCCAUAAAAGGCCAAACAUAUAAAUAGCUACACCUAUCUAUAUUUCAAGUGUGUUAGAAUAAUCUUACCAUGUGUAGUUUUAUUAUUUGAAUUGAGGAAACCUGUCUUCUGUAUUACUAAAUGUUUCCACCUUAAUAAAAUUCUCAGUUUGCCUAUUGUCAUUGA